AUGUCUGACCAAGCUCAUCCUAUGGUCAUCAAUGACCAUCCCCUCCCAGCUGAAGCCUCAGCCAACGGCGAAACGAUUGAUAGCGGACUGACUUCUGCUGAUACCACCAUGGCUACCUCUGACGAACGUCCUUCAAAGCGCCUUAAGUUGGGCUCUGGAGAUGUUUCGUCUCAUGGAAUGACCGUGGAAAAUGGACAGCCUAAUGCCACCAUUGCCGUUGACUCUGCUUCGGAACCGAUCGUUGCCGCUCAAGUCGAACCUUCCCAAGACCACCAGUCGACACCAGUGAGAGAGGGGGCUCCUUCCACUAUUGAAAAUGGUGCGAGCGUCCAAUCCCGAAGGUCCGGAGUUGCCCCCAUCAAAGCGCAGUACCUUGUUAAGAAUCAGGAAACGAGCUCAGGUGGCUCCCAGGCUGCAAAUGGUGGUGACGGUGACGCAGAGAAGGCCGGCGAAGACGGAGCGGAGAAUGGCAACACUGCGCAAACUUCUGAUAACGCACCCUCCCCCGCACCCGUGCCCACUCAUGGCAAGCGCGGAAAGAACAAGAAGGAGCGUGGUCAAAACAUCGGACGCUCGUAUGGCCGCUUCGAAGAGGCCGUCCAGCUUUGUGCCAGCAGGGCUAUGACGCCCGAGUUUUCUCCCGGAGAGUGUAGGUUUGCAGACAAGUGCAAGCUUUGCCACAACCUUCGCGAGUAUUUGGAGGGCCGACCCAAGGAUACCAGUCCUGAGGGCAAUAUCUGCCCACUGUAUGAGAUCUUUGGUCGAUGCCCAACGGGCUGGAAAUGCCGCUUCGUCAAACAUCAUAUGACCACCUACAAGUACGAGGACGGCCGCGAAGAACUCGUCUUAACUCAGAAGAAGGUCGCCUCCACAGCGGACGGCGAGUCAGCCACAACCUCGGAGGAUGAGCCCAUUCUCGAGACUUACGCCCCUCCCCCUUCUAGCACGAAGAAUAUCGUUGGAAAGGACGCCAAGAUUGAGUUGUCCCGUAGGCGUGUUGAUUUUCAGAAAGCGGAUGAGUUUGGAAAGUGGCUCGACCACGAAGCUAAAAUUAAUGAUACAUUCCACAACCGUUCGCGACACCAGGUUGACAGGAACUUGGGAGAACUGAGGGCGCAGUUCGUUGAGCCGCCGUUCCUACCAUCUGAGAAGAGACGCCUUUAUUUCGGUCCCGAGACACCUGCUCUAGCCCCAUUGACAACCCAGGGAAAUCUUCCAUUCCGACGCCUCUGCAUUGAUCUAGGUUGCGAACUCACUUAUUCAGAGAUGGCUAUGUCUGUUCCCUUGCUCCAAGGUAACAAGGCCGAUUGGGCUUUACUGAAAGCCCACGACUCCGAGCUUGCUCCUCCAAAUGUGAGCCCCACGGCAAAGCCAAUAGUCGAGGGUUAUGACAAUUCCAAGGAUCUCAGGUUCGGAGCGCAGAUCUCUGGCCAUUCUCACCGAAUGGUGACCCGCGUCGCCGACAUUCUCAACCGUUACUGUCCUAGCCUACGCUUAAUCGAUCUCAACUGCGGCUGCCCUAUUGACAUGGUUUACAAAUCAGGCGCCGGUGCUGGAAUCCUCGACUCCAAGGGCAAGCUGGAGAGGAUGGUUCGGGGUAUGAAUGCUGUCUCGGGAGAGAUUCCCAUCACAAUCAAGAUGAGGACCGGAAUUCAGUCCAACCGUCCCAUCGCCACGACCGUCAUCGGCCAGCUGGCAUUUGGCGCCCGCGAGCACCGAGCCCGACUUGGAGCCCCUGGCUGUGCGGCCAUUACACUUCACGGACGCAGCCGAGAGCAGAGAUACACCAAGAAGGCGGAUUGGUCCUACAUUGCCGAGUGUGCUACGCUGGUCAAGUCGUACAACGUCCAGCUCGGCCUCAACACGGAUACCUCCGCAGAGCCCGAUGCCCGCACCCUUCCGAACUCCAAGAACGGAAAAAUGUACUUUAUCGGAAACGGAGACUGCUACUCUCACGUCGAUUACUACAACAGCAUCGAGAAGUCCGGCGUCGACACCGUCAUGAUUGGCCGUGGUGCGCUGAUCAAGCCCUGGAUCUUUGAGGAGAUCAAGGCAGGCCAGCAUCUCGACAAGUCCAGCACCGAGCGUCUCGAGUAUAUCAAGAAGUACGUUGACUAUGGUCUUGAGGCUUGGGGUUCUGACGACAUUGGAGUGGGAUAUACGCGUCGCUUCCUACUGGAGUGGUUGAGCUUUGCUCAUCGAUACGUGCCCAUUGGGAUCCUUGAGCAUCUUCCCCCGGAUAUGAACGAUCGGCCGGCUGCCUACGUUGGAAGGGAUGACUUUGAGACGAAGCUUGCUAGUAGGAACUACAAGGACUGGAUUAAGAUUUCGGAACAAUUCCUCGGCAAGACGCCUCCGAACUUCAGGUUCGAGCCGAAGCACAAGUCCAAUGCGUACGAGUCCGUCGAAGGCUAG